UAUAUUAAUAAAAAAGUUCCAAAAAGGGGGGGAUUGUCAUCUCCUUUGGGGUGCAAUGGCUUCCAACUCAAGUUCUCGAGUGUCACCACGCGGUGAGGACGAAAAUGGAGGCUUCUUGGGGAUCUGCAAGCCUGUAAAAUAGAGAGCUUCUUCCCCAAAGAGCCAGAGACUGAGGCCGGAGGUCAAAAAAGAAGGCUCAGGAGGGGCGGGGUCCGGCGGUGGAGGCGGGCAAGAGGGGAGGAUCCGACCAAGCGCCAACCUCAGCUCGGCCCCAUACCAGGAAGCGCUGGGUGGGGGCAAGAGGAGCCCUGCUGAGCCUGAAGCCAGGAUGGUGGCGCCUUCGCUGAAGCUUCAGGACCUAAUCGAAGAGAUUCGUGGGGCCAAAACCCAGGCCCAGGAGCGGGAGGUGAUCCAGAAAGAGUGCGCUCACAUUCGGGCCUCCUUCCGCGAUGGGGAUCCCCUGCAGAGGCAUCGCCAGCUGGCCAAGUUGCUCUACGUCCACAUGUUGGGCUACCCCGCCCACUUUGGACAGAUGGAGUGCCUGAAACUGAUCGCCUCCCCCAGAUUCACAGACAAGAGGGUGGGCUACCUGGGGGCCAUGCUUCUAUUGGAUGAGAGGCACGAUGCCCAUCUGCUCAUUACCAACAGCAUCAAGAAUGACCUGAGUCAGGGGAUUCAGCCAGUUCAAGGCCUUGCCCUUUGCACUCUGAGCACCAUGGGCUCUGCUGAAAUGUGUCGUGACCUGGCCACAGAAGUGGAAAAGCUGCUCCUGCAGCCUAGCCCCUAUGUGCGCAAGAAGGCUGUUUUGGCUGCAGUACACAUGAUCCGGAAGGACCCUGAGCUCUCCAGCAUCUUCCUACCACCUUGUGCCAAGCUGCUCCAUGAGCGACAUCAUGGUAUCCUGCUGGGCACCAUCACGCUGAUCAUGGAGCUCUGUGAAAGAAGCCCUGCAGCCCUCAAGCACUUUCGAAAGGUAGUGCCCCAACUGGUACAGAUCCUCCGGACUCUGAUGACAACAGGAUUCUCAACCGAACACAGCGUCUCUGGAGUCAGUGACCCCUUCUUGCAGGUCCAGAUACUUCAUCUGCUUCGGAUCCUGGGACGGAACCAUGAAGAAAGCAGCGAGACCAUGAAUGACUUACUAGCCCAGGUGGCUACCAAUACAGACACCAGCCGAAAUGCAGGCAAUGCAGUCCUAUUUGAGACCGUGCUCACCAUCAUGGACAUCCAUUCUGCAGCUGGCCUUCGGGUUCUAGCUGUCAACAUUCUUGGCCGUUUCUUGCUCAACAAUGACAAGAAUAUUAGGUACGUGGCCCUGACAUCAUUGCUGCGGCUGGUGCAGUCUGAUCACAGUGCUGUGCAGCGUCAUCGCUCCACUGUGGUAGAAUGUCUACGGGAAACUGAUGCCUCCCUUAGCAGGCGGGCCUUGGAGCUGAGCCUGGCCCUGGUGAAUAGCUCCAAUGUGAGAGCGAUGACACAGGAACUGCAGGCCUUUCUGGAGUCUUGCCCCCCUGAUCUGCGGGCAGAUUGUGCCUCAGGCAUCCUGUUGGCUGCAGAGAGGUUUGCUCCAACCAAGCGGUGGCACAUAGACACCAUCCUGCACGUGCUGACCACGGCAGGCACCCAUGUGCGAGAUGAUGCAGUAGCCAACCUGACCCAGCUGAUUGGAGGGACCCAGGAGCUACAUCCCUAUUCUGUGCGCCGCCUCUACAGUGCCUUAGCAGAGGACAUCUCCCAGCAACCACUUGUCCAGGUGGCAGCCUGGUGCAUCGGGGAGUAUGGGGACCUCCUGCUGGAAGGGAACUGUGAGGAAACGGAGCCUUCGCAGGUGGAAGAAGAGGAAGUGUUAGCACUACUAGAAAAGGUUCUGCAGUCCCAUAUGUCCCUGCCAACCACCCGAGGCUAUGCCCUCACAGCUCUCAUGAAGUUCAGCACCCGGCUCCGGGGAGACAACAAUCGUAUCCGCCAGGUGGUGUCCAUCUAUGGGAGCUGUGUGGAUGUGGAGCUGCAGCAGCGGGCUGUGGAGUAUAACACACUCUUCCGGAAGUAUGACCACAUGAGGCCACACAGAGGAACCCUUGCAUUCCAUCCACUCAGGGCUGCCAUCCUUGAAAAGAUGCCACUCGUGGAGCGAGGUGGCCCUCAGGUUGAUGAAGAGGCAAAGGAUAACAAAUCAGCAUCCCAGCUCUUGGGAACAGCAGCCCCUGUCCCCACAGAGCCCCAGGCCACUAAACUCUUGGAUCUGCUGGAUCUCCUAGAUGGCACUUCUGAAGAUACUCAGCACCCUCCUCCCCUGGCUCCUUCCCCAGGGGGUGCCUUAGUACACCUCCUUGACCUUCCCUGUGCGCCUCCACCCCCAGCUCCCAUCCCCAGUCUUCAAGUGUUUGAGCGUGAAGGAGUUCAGAUGAAUCUGUCUUUCAUUCGGCCUCCUGAAACCCCAGCUCUGCUCCUAGUCACUGUCACCAUCACCAACUCCUCAAAGGAUGAUGUCACCCACUUCAUCUGCCAGGCAGCUGUGCCCAAGAGCUUCCAGCUACAGCUACAGGCCCCCAGUGGGGACACGGUUCCAGCCCAGGGCGGCUUUCCCAUCACCCAGCUCUUCAAAAUCCUCAACCCUAGCAAGGCACCUUUACGGCUAAAGCUGCGCCUCACCUACAACCACUUUGGCCAGGCCGUGCAGGAGAUCUUUGAGGUGAAUAACUUGCCUAUGGAGACAUGGCAGUAACUUACCAGGGGUGUCUGGCCCAGGUGUUUGCAGGUUCUUGGUGUCUUAUUCAGAGAAUGGAAAUAAAGUCAUAAAGGCACACAGAU